AUGGGAAAAUUUUGUUGCUUCACUUCCGCUUCCGAGGUUGUGGGAGGACAAUCGUCAUCACGAUCAGGUAAAGGAAGAAACGAUGAAGGAAUGAUCAAAUACGGAUUUAGCCUAGUGAAAGGAAAAGCAAACCAUCCAAUGGAAGACUAUCACGUCGCUAACUUCAUCAACAUCCAAGACCAUGAGUUAGGGAUCUUCGCAAUCUACGAUGGCCACAUGGGUGAUAACGUCCCUGCCUACUUGCAGAAGCACCUCUUCUCCAACAUCAUAAAGGAGGGAGAGUUUUGGGUGGAUCCUCGAAGGUCUAUUGCGAAAGCUUACGAGAAGACAGACCAGGCGAUUCUGUCGAACAGCUCUGACUUGGGACGUGGAGGUUCUACAGCCGUGACUGCGAUACUGAUUAAUGGGAGGAAGCUUUGGGUGGCUAAUGUUGGUGACUCACGAGCCGUGCUUUCUCGAGGUGGUGAAGCGAUACAGAUGAGUACUGAUCAUGAGCCUCGUGCUGAGAGGUCGAGUAUUGAGGAUAGAGGUGGAUUUGUCUCCAACCUACCAGGUGAUGUUCCUAGGGUGAAUGGUCAAUUAGCAGUGUCUCGUGCCUUUGGAGACAAGGGGCUUAAGACACAUCUGAGUUCAGAGCCUGAUAUCAGAGAUGCUGUUGUGGAUAGCCAGACAGAUGUUCUUCUCCUGGCUAGUGAUGGCAUUUGGAAGGUGAUGACAAAUGAAGAGGCGAUGGAGAUAGCUAAAAGGGUGAAAGAUCCACAGAAAGCUGCCAAGGAGUUAACAGCUGAAGCGUUGAGAAGAGAGAGCAAAGACGACAUAUCUUGUGUCGUGGUCAGGUUCAGAUGA